AGCCGGUGGGCUCAGGGGACUGCAGGAGCUGGCGGGCCGCGUCCCUGCUGCCCUGCACGGUCAGCGCUUCCUGCUCCCUUCAGACAGGGCUUCACUCCUGCUCUGGACAGAUCCUGAGGGCUCGGAGCCCAGCUGACGAGCCACACAGAUUCCCAGCACAUCUCCACCACCACCCAGCUGCCCGUGUUCACUGGGGCAGGGCCAAGGCUGGGAGUGCCAGGAUGGAGCUCCCCGGGUCCCCCAUUCCUGGCAUCCCCAUGGCAACGAGGCCUACGAGACCCAUGGACAAAGGAUGGCCCACCCUCACCGCCUGAGUUCCUGGGGCCCUGCUGCAAGGGCUGCCGUGAGCUGGACAUCUUGCCUCUGCAGGUUACAAAUGAGGACACCAUGGCACAGAGAGCUCAGGCGGCCUGCCCAGUGUCACAAAGCCUCUCCUGGCGGCAAUCCCAGACUCCAUGAGGAAGCAGGAGGUGCGGACAGGUGGGGAGACUGGCCAGGGCCACAGUGCCAGCUCCCCAGCUGAGCAGGUGAAAGCCCUCGUGGACCUGCUGGCCGGGAAAGGUGGUCAGGGCUCCCUGGCCCCACAGACCCCCGACAGAGCACUGGACUCUCCGCUGGGGCCCCACAGCAAUGACUGGAGAAUACAGAAGCACCGCGAGGCCCUGCUGAGCAGGGUAAGAGGCAGCCCAGAGCUGGGCAGCCCCUCGCCCAGGCUGUCCAGCCUCCUCCUGGUGGAGGGCCUGACGGACCUGCAGCUGAAGGAACAUGACUUCACGCAGGUGGAGGCUACACGCGGGGGCUGGCGCUCCACCAAGACCAUCGCCCUGGACAGGCUUUUCCUGCCUCUAUCUCGGGUGUCCAUCCCACCUCGGAUCUCCAUCACCAUCGGGGUGGCCGGUGUGGGCAAGACCACCUUGGUGAGGGACUUUGUCUGCCUCUGGGCCCGGGGGCAGGUCGGUAAGGACUUCUCACUGGUGCUGCCUUUGAGCUUCCGGGAUCUCAACCCCCAUGAGAAGCUGUCUGCAGACAGACUUGUCCGCUCUGUCUUCCCUCAUAUUGGGGAGCUUGGCCUGGCAGGAGCAACCAGGGUCCUCCUGAUCCUGGACGGCCUGGAUGAAUGUAAGACGCCUCUGGACUUCUCCAACACUGUGGCCUGCACUGAUCCCAAGAAGGAGAUCCAGGUGGACCACUUGAUCACCAACAUCAUCAGGGGCAAUCUCUUCCCAGAAGUUUCUGUCUGGGUCACCUCCCGCCCCAGUGCGGCUGGCCAGAUUCCUGGGGGCCUAGUGGACCGGAUGACUGAGAUCCGGGGUUUUAACGAGGAGGAAAUUCAAGUGUGUUUGGAGCAGCUGUUCCCCGAGGACCAGGUCCUCUUGGGCUGGGUCCUGAGCCAGGUGCAGGCCGACAGGGCCCUCUACCUGAUGUGUACCAUCCCAGCCUUCUGCCGGCUCACAGGUUUGGCGCUGGGCCACUUAUGCCGCAACAAGCCAGAGCCCCAGGACACAGAACUGUGGCCUCCAAGGACCCUGUGUGAGCUCUACUCUUGGUACUUCAGGAUGGCUCUUGGUGGGGAGGGGCAGGAGAAGGGUAAGGCGAGCCCUCGCAUCGAGCAGCUGGCCCAUGGCGGCCGCAAGAUGGUGGGGACACUAGGCCGGCUGGCCUUCCAUGGGCUGGUCAAGAAGAAGUACGUGUUCUAUGAGCCAGACCUGAAGGCGUUUGGCGUGGACCUGGCUCUGCUGCAGAGCGCCCUGUGCAGCUGCUUCCUGCAGCGGGAGGAGAGCUUGGCCUCCUCGGCAGCCUACUGCUUCACCCACCUGUCCCUGCAGGAGUUCGUGGCGGCCACGUACUACUAUAGCGCCUCCAAGAAGGCCAUCUUCGACCUCUUCACCGAGGGUGGCGUGUCCUGGCCUCGGCUCGGCUUCCUCACGCAUUUCAGAGGCGCGGCCCAGCGUGCCAUGCAGGCUGAGGACGGACGGCUGGACGUGUUCCUGCGCUUCCUCUCGGGCCUCUUGUCUCCAAGGGUCAAUGCCCUGCUGGCCGGCUCCCUGCUGGCCCAGGGUGAGCACCAGGGCUACCGGGCCCAGGUGGCCGAGCUCCUCCAGGGCUGCCUGCGCCAUGACACAGCGGUCUGCGCCCGGACGAUCAAUGUCCUGCACUGCCUGCAUGAGCUGCAGCACACGGAGCUGGCCCGUGGCGUGGAGGAGGCCCUGGAGAGCGGAGGUCUGGCCAGGCUGACUGGCCCCCAUCACCGUACCGCCCUGGCCUACCUCUUGCAGGUGUCGGACACUUGCGCCCAGGAGGUCAACCUGUCCCUACACCUCAGCCAAGGCGUCCUCCAAAGUCUGCUGCCCCAGCUGCUCUACUGCCGGAGCCUGAGGCUGGACACCAACCAGUUCCAGGACCCCGUGAUGGAGCUGCUGGGCAGUGUGCUGAGUGGGAAGGACUGUCGCAUUCAGAGGAUCAGUUUGGCUGAGAACCAGAUCAGUAACAAGGGGGCCAAGGCUCUGGCCAGAUCCCUCCUGGUCAACAGAAGUCUGACCACUCUGGACCUCCGCAGUAACUCCAUCGGACCUCAAGGGGCCAAGGCGCUGGCAGAUGCUCUGAAGAUUAACCGCACUCUGGCCUCUCUGAGCCUCCAGAGCAACACGAUCAGGGAUGAUGGUGCCAGGUCCAUAGCUGAGGCCUUGGGCACCAACCGGACCCUCUCCGUGCUGCACCUGCAGAAGAACACCAUUGGGCCCGUGGGAACCCAGCGGAUGGCAGAUGCCCUGAAGCAGAACAAGAGUCUGAAGGAGCUCAUGUUCUCCAGUAACAGCAUGGGUGAUGGAGGUGCCAAGGCCCUGGCUGAGGCCCUGAAGGUGAACCAGGGCCUGGAGAACCUGGACCUGCAAAGCAAUUCCAUCAGUGACGCAGGAGUGGCAGCACUGAUGGGGGCCCUCUGCACCAACCAGACCCUCCUCAGCCUCAACCUUCGAGAAAACUCCAUCAGCCCAGAGGGAGCCCAGGAUUUGGCACAUGCUCUCUGUACCAACAGCACCCUGAAGAACCUGGACCUGACAGCCAACCUCCUUCACGACGAGGGUGCCCAGGCCAUCGCGGUGGCAGUGAGAGAAAACCGCGCCCUCACGUCCCUUCACCUGCAGUGGAAUUUCAUCCAAGCCGGUGCUGCCAAGGCCCUGGGACAAGCACUACAGCUCAACAGGAGCCUGACUAGCCUUGAUUUACAGGAGAACGCCAUCGGGGAUGAAGGCGCCUCUGCGGUGGCCAGUGCGCUGAAGGCAAACACGGCCCUCACUGCUCUCUAUCUCCAGGUGGCCUCCAUUGGUGCUCCAGGGGCCCAGGCGCUAGGGGAGGCCCUGGCUGUGAACAGAACCUUGGAGAUUCUUGACUUAAGAGGAAACACCAUCGGAGUGGCUGGAGCCAAAGCCCUGGCGAAUGCUCUGAAGGUCAACUCAAGUCUCCGAAGACUCAAUCUUCAAGAAAACUCCUUGGGGAUGGAUGGGGCGAUAUGCGUUGCCACUGCACUGUCUGGAAACCACGGCCUCCAGCACAUCAAUCUCCAGGGAAAUCACAUUGGGGAAUCUGGUGCCAGGAUGAUCUCAGAGGCUAUCAAGACAAAUGCUCCCUCAUGCACUGUUGAAAUGUGAGCAAAACAAGUUCCUCAUAGGCCAGGCAGGAGGACAGACAGAUGCAGCUGGAAGCUUUCGAACAAAAAGAACAUUUUCCAGGGUGCCUUCCUGUGGUCUGGGAAUGAUGCUGAGUCACAUGAGAGCUGGUCUCCUGCAAGGAGGCAGGAAAGGUGCUGCCAAAGGAGGUCACAAGCACCUCUCCUGGUCCAGUCAGUCCUGGUGGGGGCAAUAUGCACACUGCUAUGGCACAGAGAGGAGAGGGAAAAGUCUUCCACCAAGGGACUCACAGAUGUAGGCCUCAAAGCUCAGCAGGUAAGAAGUUGGUCUGAGCUUAUUUAUACCCUGAGGUCAUCAUGUACCCCUAACUUUUCUUAUUAUUACUGCCCUGGUUUAAAUCGUCCCCCUCACUCUGAAAUGAGUUGCCAUCUUCAAGCCCAUUAAGACUUUCAAUUUGGCAUUGGUGACAGAGGAGAUCAUUUUUUCUUUUCUUGCGAAGAAAAGAAGGUUUUAGGAGUAUGAUCCUUAGAGACACAUGGAAAAAUUAUGGGAAUUUUUUUGAAGAGAAAUGAAGGCUUUAAUUAUGGGAUUCUGGAGACAGAGACAGAAAAAAAACGUUCUCCAAGGUUUUUUCCAUUUUUCAUCCAUUACAAAAUCUCUCAAAGGCAUGGAUUACGUCUGGCAUGUUAUUUGGAGCCUGGCACACUGGUUAUCAAUAGCAUGUUAAAUACUGAUGGCUUAAUAAUGUUACUCUACAUUGGACUUCCAAAACCAGUACUGUGGCUAUAGCUUCCCUAUGAAGGCAAGUAAGCUGAGCUUCCUGUGGCAUAAAUUCCCUCGGAUGUCUGUUGAAAGGAAAAAGACCCCAAAUGGCUCUCAUCAACUAAAUAACCAAGGAAAAUGAUUAUGAAGAUUAUAAUUAUUUUUAAAUUUGAACAGGAAGCACUGUUGUUCCAAAGGUUUCUUUAAAAAUGAGUAUUCAGGCAAGAAUCAUCAAUGGAUACUAAUGCCAUAGAUGAAAGUCUAUUGAGGAAGAAGACAGCCACACAGUCUCAAAGUAUCACCCAACAAAAGGUAUUUACAAAGGGAAAAAGGUACCUUAAAGAUGGAGAAAUUUUGCAAAUGCUGCCUUAAAGUGAUUAAACUUAACAUCACCAAUAAUAAGACAAAUGGACAUCAUGUCCCCCUGCUGUGAUGCCCUGAGAAGGACACAUCACUGAUGUAGUAUUCUUGCCAAAAAUGUUUACCUGAAUCUAAUAGUGAAGGAAUAAUCAGACAAAAUCCAAACUGAGAGGCAUUCUGCAAAAAAACUAGCCUGACCUCUUCAAAAAUGUCAAUGUCAUGAAAAAUACAAAAGGCUGGGGACUGUUUUAAAUUGAAGGAUAUUAAAGAGACAUAAGAACUUAAUGCAAGAUCUUUGGUAGGAUCCUAGACUGGAGGGGAAAAAAUCAGCUAUAAAGAACAUUAUUUGGAAAUUAGGGACACUUGAACAUAGGUCUUAUGUAAUAUUUAUUGGAUUACUGUUGUUUUGAAAGGUAUUUUGCUGGGUAUAGAAUUCUAGAUUGACAGUUUUUUCUUUCAGUACUUUCAAGAUGUUGCUAUACUGUUUUCUGAUCUGCACUGUUUCUGGCUGAGCUGAGAACUCAACAGAACAAGAGUUGCAGUAGUCAAAUGCUGGAGAAAGUUGUGCCCUGCAGGAACUGGGCACUGGAGACACCUCAGGGACCAAAGCAGUGGAAAAAGAAAAGUGUGCUGGAGCCUCCAGGGACUGGGCAAGCAAGCCACACUAGAACUGGAAGGAAAGCCCCUUCCUCCUGCAAAGUCUCUCUGCACUCUAUGGACAAGGCUUAUCAUCCUGCUGGCUGGCAAAGGAGAGAGAUUUGCAAGGAAUAGCUCCAUUAUCACUGAGGAGGCCACAAGGUGAAUUUGGAGCUGAGGCAAUAAACUGAUGACCAACACAGUGGCUUUUUUGUUUUUCAUUCUGGACAGUUUCUAUUGCUGUGUCUUUAGGGUCACUAUUGUUUUCUUCUGCAGUGUCUAAUCUGCCCUUAAUCCCAGUUUGCAUAGUUUUCAUCCCAUUUUUUUAAUCUCUAGAGGUUUUGAGACUUUAUAUCUUCGAUAUCUCUCCUUAAUAUGCUCAAGCUUUCUUCUACCAUCUGAAUAUAUGAAAUAUAGUUAUAACUGUUUGAAUGUCCUUUACUACUAAUUCUAUCACCUGUUAUUUCUUAGUCUAUUUCUUGAUUUCUCAUUAUGCCUGGUAAUUUUUGAUUGGACACCAGACAUUAGAAAUGUUGACUUAUUGGGUGUAUUUUUAUAUUCCUUAAAAUAUUCUUGAGCUUUAUUCCGGGACACAAUUACUAAGAAACAGUUAGAUCCUUUCAAAACUUGCUUUUAAGCUUUGUUAGCCAGGAUUGGCCAUCCUUCAGUCUAAGGUUACUCUGGCCCAACUUCCGAGGUAUUAGCUCAGUAUUCUGGGUACUCCACCUGAUGUCCAAGUCAAAAAACUGUUUUGGGUCUUACCUACAAUAGAUACUAUAGAAAUCCAGGUGUAAAAGAUGGUAAAAUCAACCUUUGGCUUCUGACUCCAAAUAGGAGCAUCAACCCAAGUGGUUAUCUGUUGUGUAUCUUUUCAAUAUACAGUACAAAUUUAAGCAGAAUGGCUCCUAAUGCAGACUUUGCUUCAUCAAUUACACACACUCUCUCUCUUUCCUAGUAGACU